GUGUUUAAAAUAGAUCCUAGAAAUAGAAUUGGAUAGAAUAAAUUCAAGGUUUGAGAUUAAAGUGUUUAAAAUUGUUAAAGAAAUAAUAGUAAUCUGAUGUUGAGCAAUUAUAAAUAUUAUAGGUUAAGUGAUUAGUAAUGGGUUAGACAUAAUUUAUAGAAUAGUUUUUAAUAUGAAUAAGAUUCUGAUGAAAUAAAAUAAAAUAAUAAAGGAUAACAAUUACCAAACAUAUAUAAUUUCGAUUUAAGAAAGGUUAGGUAAAUACUUAUGAUUAGAUUAUGAUGAUGGUGAUGAAUUAAAAGAUUUAAAAUAGUAAAUGAGAAAGAAAUCAAAUAAAGUUAUUGAUGAUAAAUAAAAUAAUGAUGAUGAUGUAUAUGUAGAAAGAGUUUUAAAAAUGAUUGUCAUAGACCAGUG